AAUAUAUAUGAAUGAAUGCUAGAUGGCAUUGAUGCUGCAAAGGGGAGAAGCAGCAGCUCUGAGCUGACCAUCUGCAUCGGAGCCCAAGGAAGGGUUAAUUCAGCCCCGUCCACGUGGGAGAAGGAGGAAGAGGAGGAGGCGCCUUCCUGCUCCGCCUUUGGGGUUUGGGGGUGGGGGGAGGAGGGCUGGCUUGCGAGAGCCCCCCCAGAAGAGGCUGCCUGUGGGUGCCCGGAAAAGGGGGGAGCCUGGGCAGAACCGGCGCCGCGUUGCAAAGGACAGGAAACGCAGCUGCAAACGCUUAUUUGUAGUGGCAUCUGCUCAGUGUAUGGAGGGACCCGGCUGUGCCGCAGACUCUCUGACAAAGUUCUCUCCGUCCCCGGUGAUCUGCUGGCAGACUUUAGCCUAAUCUUUCAAUCAAAUCCUGUGGCUGAAGACUUGUUUCCUGCCAUGUUUGCCUGUGAGACUUGGGGUCUUGCAGGUCAGACCCCAGUCUAUAAUUGGGACAAGCCCAUCUACAUCUUGGAAGACAAAACAGAGCCUGAACAAGGAUCUGGAGAACUCGAUCUUCAUUUAAAAGUUCUGCUUGAGCAGGAGAUGUAUCCAGAAAUUACAAUUGAGGAGGAGGAAGAGGGGGAACACGGGAGUGAAAUAGUUGUUGAUGCUGAAGGCGCAGCAGAGGAAGAGGAGGAGGAAGAAGUAGAGGUGGAUCCAGAUGGGGCAGAAGAGGAAGAGGAGGAGGAAGAAGAGGAGGAGGAAGAAGGAGGAGAGGAGGAGGAAGAUGAUGAUGAUGACGACGACGACGACGAAGAUGUCUCUGUGGUAACUCCGUCACUCCCCAAACGAUUGGAAGUAGUGGGAGAAGUGGAGGGAGAUGACUCACUGAUGGUGGUAUGCACAGGGACCGUUGAAGAACUUUUGGGGUUGGAGGUAUCUCCCACAGUUGAACCUGAGCAACUUGAGGAGCCCCCACAACCUCAGCGCUGGGAGGUCCAGUGGGAGGCUCUGUCGCAGGCACCACAGGCUCUGGCUUCAGGUCCAGAUCCAGGUCCAGUCACAGUUCCAGCUUCAGGUUCAGCUCCAGAUCCAGAUCCCGUUCCAUCUCCUGUUCCAGUUCCUGUUUCAGGUCCAUCUCCAGCUCCUGAAAUAGUGCAAUCAAGCCCACCAAAACCACCACCACAACCGCCUCCACUGUCAUCACCACCGCCGCCACCGCCAGAGGUUCCUCCAGUGGUGGAGAUGGUGCCGAUAGACUUAGAAUCAGAGGUCUUCUCCACUUCUUUGGAGCAAGCAGGGAAUUCUACCUCCCCGUGGGGAAUGACAUUUCCUGAUGAGAGCCACCAAGAAACCCAUGCCAGCCCAGCCAGUGCGAGCACCGGAAAGACGCGGACAUCUGUCUCAGGAGGGAGUGGUUUCUCCCUGGAGUCAGCCCGCCGACGUUUCCGGCAGUUUUGCUACAAAGAGGCCGAGGGGCCACGGAAGGCUUGUGGACAGCUCUGGGAGCUCUGCAAUCACUGGUUGAAGCCGAAGAACCGCACCAAGGAGCAAAUCCUGGACGUACUAAUCCUGGAGCAGUUCCUGGCCGUCUUGCCUCCUGGGAUUCGGACCCAAGUUUGGGAACGCAGCCCUGACACUUGCGCGCGGGCAGUGGCCCUGGCUGAGGAGCUCCUGGCCAAACAAAACGAAGCAGAGAGACCAGAGGAGGAGGAUUCAGAUCUAUUUGAAGAAGUGGUUGUGAACUUUCCUGAUGACGAUCAGGUCCUAUCAGAUGCUGAACAGGGAGAAACAUACACUGAAGCAGAUCAGAGGGGUGACGUGGAUAUCUGUUUGCUAGGAUCUUCUGACACAGAAGCAACAUGGGAUUCUUCAGCAGAGGAAGGUGGCUCAGCAGGUGCCAGGACACCCAGCAGAGCAGACAUCUCAUUUGAAUUUGUGGAAAGACUCAAUGGAGCAAUGCCACACUUGCCUCCCAAAAGGAUCCGUGUGAGAGAGAAACGCCACCCUUGCAUGGAAUGUGGGAAACGGUUCCGGUGUCAGUCAGAGUUGGCCCUGCACCAGAAGGUCCACAUGAGGCCCAAAUCAUAUCACUGUGCCGAGUGUGGGAAGCAGUUUGGCCGAUCCUCGCAUCUCACCAGGCACCAGAAAACCCACAUGGUCGAGGAAUGCCAUGUUUGUACAGAAUGCGGCAAAAGGUUCCGCUGGUCAACAGAGCUCACCAUCCACCAGCGGAUCCAUACAGGCGAACAAUCGCAGUUCAGCCUUGAUUCUGAUACAUUGUUCCAGUGGCCCCCAGAGUUCCCUGUUCACUCAGGCCUUUACGCAGGAGAGAAAACUCCUCCGGCGGCCAACUUCGCCAAGCCCCCCACGGUCAAGAAACCCCACCUCUGUCCAGAGUGCGGGAAAGGUUUCCGGUGGCCGUCGGAGCUGGCAGCGCACCAGAAAACCCACAACAAAAACAAACACUACCUCUGUCCGGAGUGUGGGAAAGGAUUCCAAUGGCCCUCGGAGCUGGUUGCGCACCAGAAAACCCACACUGGGGACAGCUCACCUGUCGUUAACAACUGUGGCAACAGCAAUGGUCAUGUCCCUACAUACCUUGGAGCUGCUACGCCCGAGAAGCGCCAUCUUUGCGGUGAGUGUGGCAAGGCCUUCCGGUGGCCCUCGGAGCUCGCCACCCACCAGAGAAUCCACACGGGAGAGAAGCGUUACUUCUGCACCGAGUGCGGAAAAGGAUUCAUCUGGCCCUCGGAGCUGGCUGCUCACCAGCGAACCCACACUGAAAAGCAAGCCUACCAGUGCAUGGAAUGUGGGAAGGUUUUCCAUGACCUCUAUGCCCUCACAAGGCACCAGAAGACUCACCUGGGGAGCAAGGUCUACCCCUGUGCUGAAUGCGGAAAGACUUUUAGCCGCCAGUCUCACCUGACUCGACACCGGAUCACCCACACCGGAGAGAGACCCUACCCAUGCAUCGAGUGUGGGAAAAGGUUUGGCCGGCAGUCUCACCUCACUCGGCACCUGAGAAUUCAUACGGGAGAGAGACCGUAUGAGUGUGGGGAGUGCGGGGUGAGAUUCAGAAGGAGGCACAGCAUGAUCUACCACCAGAGGAUCCACAUGAGAGACGGGGCUGGAGGAAUGGACAUGGCAAACCUUCCAGAUAUGGAAAACCUUCCAGACGGUUUCCAGAGCCCCAUUCAUGUAACGAUCUGAAACUUUGGCAUGGGUGGCUGAGGGUGUGGAUGGGGAGGACAGAAAACUUGCCUACAAAGCAGACCCAAAACGUGAGGCUGUCCAGAGGGGCAGCACUGUCUGAUCUGAUGGGUAGGUGCCUCAACUUUCCUGAAGGCCCCAGCACAUGCUACACAGGGACACCUACACAAUUUGUCUGAUCACAUGCUGCUUUGUUGUCACUAGAGAAAACCUGGAUCCCCCUCACUUCCUCACUGUUGGGGAUUUUUUUGCAGCCAGAUUAGCCCCACUGCUAUAACUCUGUAGAUUUUGCCCCUUGUAGCAAAGAGAAACCACUGGAAGGAUUUAUCCCCUGCUCCUUUUGAACACCUAGAACACCCUGUUCUCUGGAACAUGUGCAUUGGAGUCCAUAAAUUAGUCUUUCUGCCUCCCCAACUUUCUUUGUAGCCCUGUUGUUGUUUUUUUACCCUCCUUGUAUCACUGGGCCAGCAGACUCAUGUGAAAAGAAAACUGUGGAUUUCCCAGUGUCCGACUCUAUGGGGCCACAGGUUGGCUGGGUUGCAUGUGGUGCAGGACACCUUUGUUUUCAAAUUGUUCAUAUAAGGAAGAAUUCAAAUAAGUGCCACUUUUCUCGCAGUAGCUCUGCAGCAAUAGGGAGAAGCUGCGUCUUCCCAAAUUCUCCCCCUUCUGAGCAAGAACCCAUUUCUGGAUGAAAUCUGGGAAUCCCUUUCUUUAGUAACAGUUUCCUUUUCUUUCCUACCCGAUUAAAAAACAUAUAUAAAUUUCCAAAGGGCAUAAAGCAACCCUUCUCUAUCUCUAAAGGGAACACAUUCUAAUAAGCACUUCCCUUUAAUACCAAGACAUCAGGGGCCUUGGCUGCCGUAUAUAACCCUAUGGUCUUUCAGAAAAAUAGAGAGGCAAAUUUUGGUGUUUUCACAGGAAAUCAAAAUAUGUCAUCCCAAUUUGGGCCAGAGUAGUUUUUCCCAGUCUGGCAUCCUCUAGAUAAAUUGGCCUAAACUUUCCAUCAUGCAUCCCAGGUUGGGGAUGAUGGGAGUAGUAGUCGAAUACAGCUUGAAGAUUGCCUGUGAGAGGUGAAAAGAAAGGGUGUUUCAGUGUGCAGUAAUGGUGCCUUCUUGACCCUCCAACUACAGUAUUUCUCUAAGAGUGCAUAUUUCCUUUGGAGUAAGUGCCACUGCCGUUAAUGGGCUUACUAAGUGCAUUUAUAAUUGCAAUAGGAAAAAAAAACCAAGAAAAGAAGGGCCUUUGCCAACUCAGAAUUGCGAAGAGUAUCUGGUCCAAAUUUGGGCUCAGCUUUGGUUAUAAGAACCCCGGGAGGGCUGGAAUUUCUUUCUAUCUGGUGACUCCUUAUGGUGAGAAAAAUAUGUACCUGCCCACCCAAGGACUUUUAUCUGAAUUUUUUUUAUUUUAUUAUAUUAUUAUUAUUGCUGGUCCCACCUUUUUUGUUGUUUGGAUCCCCCUUUGACACUAUUGGAACUUGUUAAAGAAAAAAGAAUGAACUUGUUUUGAGAAAUAACUUAAUAAAACAAAAAGCUUUCUACGAAUAA